AUGAAGUAUGAUCUUCUUUCCGCAACGGUAUCCGCUGGCGUCAGCAUCGCUGCUGCGAGGGACAUCUAUGUGGCUAGUUACGCUGGGCCCGUAUAUCGCCUGGCCUUUACUAGCAAUGUCGACGGGAGCUAUUCAUUACGGGAGGUCGGCUCGACGUUGGAAUGUGGUCGUAAUCCGGGAUGGUUGGAACUUGAUCCAGUAACAGGCACGCUGUUCUGCGCAAAUGAAGCUUAUACAAUCACCAACGCUGGCUCGGUGGCGUCAUUCUCCAAAGAGUCUCUUUCAAUACUGGGCAACAUCACUACCGAUUAUGGUCCAGUGCAGUCGGCAUUUUAUGCUCCCAAUCGCUUAGGGUUGGCUCACUACUCGGGAGGUGCGGUCUCCGUUGAUACCUCGGAUCCUAGUAACUUGGUCGAGCUUCAGAGCUUCCACUACUUCAUGGACAAACCUGGCCCUAACUUGACGCUGCAAGAUAAACCGUAUCCCCACGGCAUCGUCGCCGACCCUACCGGAAAAUUCGUAGUGGUGCUCGACCGCGGCGCAGAUGCCCUGCGGACAUACGCGGUAGGAUGGGAUGAUCGGUUAGUUGAAUUAGGCGCGCACUAUAUCGAUCCCGGGAACGGGCCGCGCCACGGCGUCUUUGUUAAAGGUAGUAGUAAGACGUUCUUCUACGUGCUGGGCGAGCUUACCAAUUCGUUGCACGGGUUCGAGGUAGUGUACGGAAAAGACGGGACCCUGGGUUUCAAGCAGUUCUACAAGGACAGCGCAUACCAGACCGGUUUUAGCGAUGCCGCAGGAGUUGCGAUACCAGCGGAGAUCGCGGCGGCGGAAGAUGGUAGACAUAUCGUGCUUUCUACGCGCGAUGAAGGCCGAAGCAUGUACCGUGGCGAGCGUAGUGACACUAUCGCAUCGUAUAGCGCUGAUCUUGAGACCGGUGGUCUGGCGCUCGUGGGGCUUACGGCGUCGGGAGGUCUCUGGCCGCGGUCGUUUGCUAUUAGCAAGGACGGGACGCUGUUUGCGGCUGGGAAUCAACAUAGCGUUCCGGGGCGGCUGGUUGUGUUCUCGAGGGAUCCCGGGACGGGUGUUAUAGAUGAUCAGUGGCCGCUGGUGACUUGGACUACGGAUGAUACGUUGCCUGACGGCCGGGGCAUAUCGCAUGUUAUAUGGGAUGAGUGA